AGUCAAAAGUUUAACUUCUAAUAAAAUACUUUACCAUAUGCUUCUGUUUUUGCGGCUUGUGCUGCCAGAUUACCUAUAUUCAUUGUUGCUUAAUUUAAUUGUGAUUUUUUUAAAUAUCUUUUCUGUUUAAAAAAAUGUUGAACAUCAAAAGAGGGUUACAAAGAAAAGCUUAAGAACACUUUUCGCUGUUGUUGAUUAAAGCAUAACUUAGCCAAGUUACCAAGCUUUCUUCAAGGCGAUCUAAUUCAGUUUUCUCUCAAACGAAAGCUUAGACGCAAACAAAUACCAGAGCAAAUCCCUAAAAUUCAAAUCCGCUUAACAGCAAACCCCGAAUUACAAUCAAAAAAUGAGCACAUGUUACCCUCUUAAAUACUACAAGAAUUAAUUAUAUUUGUUCUCGCUUAAAACAUAAGAUUUUACGAUAUUGACCACGUGAGCAAAGAACAAUAGAAUUUACUAAUCAAAACGCGCGGUCAGAAUCCUGACCGCAGAUAAGCUCGAGACCUCAUAUCAGAAAGCGCAGCGCCGUGAAAAGCAAAUAGUCUUGGGGACGAAGUUGGACCACAGAAAAAUUGUUUGAGACCGAGCGUAUGUUUUUCCACCUUAAGUAUCCGCUUUCCUGAUGGUAAGAAAAGUUAUGUUGGGUCUCCCGGGUAAGCAUAACAAGAUUUUUGAAAUUCUUUGUGCCACAAAAAUUCCAAAACAAACCGUAACAGUGGCAGGACCUACGCGGGGCCACGGGCUGGGUUUUACCUGUAAUUUUGGACUAUUUAUUGAUAUAAAUAAAUGGUAGCAAAGGUGCGUUGUUGUUCUCAGCAUAACAAGAAAAAAUAAUAUGUCGUAUGUGUUUAAGCACAAAAAGAAUCUUGUAUAAUAAUGGUGUGGGUUAAAAUAUGAUUUUAUCAUAGAUAGAAUUAAGACCCUGUUGAAAAUGUCAUGAGGAUACAAGGCGUGUUAACGAUUUGAAUGCUCGUGCAUAAUGAAAUGCAAAAGGAACUUUGGUAACCAUCUGUUUAAUCACAUGCAACCAUAAAGUCUGUUGGAAUUGUACUACAAGAUGGAAGAAGAUGUAAAAAUUCAGCUGUUUCAAGCCAUUGAAGAUGAAGACUUGGAAGGAGUGAUCACUUGCAUUGAAGAAGGAGUUAACCUUGAUGGAAGGGAUAGUAAUGGCCAAACUGCAUUAAUCAGUGCAUCCGAAAGAGGCUGCAUGAGAAUUGUGAAUGAACUUCUUUAUCAUAACGUUGAUACGAAUGCAAGAGAUGAUGAUGGUUGGACAGCAUUGAUAGCAGCUUCCAAAGAAGGUCAUGGUGAAAUCGUUUCUGCGUUGUUAGAAUAUGGAGCAAAACACAGCAUGGCAGACUUGGGUGGUUGGACUCCUCUUGUAUGGGCAUCAUAUAAAGGACAAUAUGAAGUAGUACACGAACUACUACAUUAUGGAGCUAACCCAUGUGAAAGGGGGCAACAUAAUAUGACAGCUUUAAUAUGGGCGAGUGGGCGUGGUCAUGCAAAUGUUGCUUUAGAACUUAUUAGAGCAGGUGCCAAAGCUGAUGAGGCUGACAAGUAUGGUACCUCAGCGUUAACAUGGGCGUGUCGGAAAGGUCAUUACACAGUAGCUCAAGUGUUACUUGCUGAAGGAGCAAAUUGCAAUACUGCUGGAACACAUGGCUGGACUCCCCUUAUUAUGGCAUCAAAAGGAGGCUACCUCGAUGUGGUUGAAUUACUAUUAGACCAAAACCCUAAUGUUAAUUCUAUUGAUCAGGACGGCAGGUCGGCGCUUUCUUGGGCAGCCAAAGAAGGUCAAGAUGAGAUCGUCACUAAAUUAUUAAACAAAGGUGCUUUUGUGAACAUGCCGGAUAAAAAUGGCGAUUCUCCAUUAUUACUUGCAGCAUCAGAGGGGCAUGGUAAGGUGUGUAAAACAUUGAUAGCCGCAUAUGCUGAAAUUGAAAUGGUAGAUUCGGAAGAGAAGACAGCUUUAUAUAUCGCUGUGGAGAAGGGUCACGUGGAUGUAGUGAAAGAGCUGUUAGCAGCUGGUGCCAAUACUGAGGUUACCAACAAGGAAGGAGAAACUCCUUUAUUAAAUGGUGCUAAGAAGAAACACACACAAUGUGUUAGGUUGCUUGUUGACAAGGGUGCAAAUGUGCAAGCUGCAGAUAAGAAAGGGGACACUGCUCUUCAUAUAGCGAUACGUAACAAAUUUUCUGGAAUGUGUGAAGUGCUGCUCGCCGAUCCUGAGCAUUCCAAAUUACUAAAUUGUUGCAAUAAAAACGGAGAAACUCCACACUCGAUCGAUAGUCGCAGCCAGCCGUCUGUUCUUGCAGAGUUGUUCUGUGAAAAUCCGAAUAGCCAGAAUGAAUUUGAAAAAAUGGAUACAACAGGGCAACAAGAACUUUUGCUAAGAACAUUAGGUGAAUUUUUGGUUGAGCCUUCGUUGACCAUCCCACUCACGGUUGGGUUGUAUUCGAAAUGGGGAGUUGAAAAGUCGAAUCAUCUUCAAAGGAUUAUGGAACUACUGAUGGACUUCCGCGAUCAAGAACCCAUCCAUGCUUUCAGCAUCACCAUGCCUGCUGUUAUUUUUUGCAUGGCUGUUGCUGUGACAUGUGGUUUACUUGUAUGGCCAAUAGUUUCCUGGGGUGCUGGCAUCGCCACAGCAAUUUGUAUUACCCUCUCGUUAGUUUUUAUUUUAGUGUCUGCUCGGUUAGCUUUGGUUAGCACGUCAGACCGAAUACAUAGGUUGGGCCUGUUAAUCACUAACUUUUUAAACCGCGCCCUAUGGUUUACACGACUGGUAUAUUGUAUCCCACCAUCCAUCGGAGACAUUCGACCCAUGCUCCCGGUGCAUAUUUUAACAAUUGACUUGUGUCGCAGUGUUUCUGUUAGCGACAACCCCAUGACGUCAUUGGUGAAUUUCACGAGGGAAUUGAACAAUACUAUAGAGAGGGACCUGGGGAUGUUUAUUCCUCGUCUUUAUCGCAUUUUCCAAGCAGGUCCGUACCGUGCGAAAGCUAAAAAUAAUCACAGUAUGAAAACACGCUGGAAAACGAUCUGCUGCUGUGUUCCAUCAUUUGUGUUGUCUAUUUUUAUUUUACUCUGUUUAUGGAUGGGUUUUCUCUUGUUUGGUAUUUAUGGUUACACAGGACCAAGUACAGUGAUCGCCAUAGAAAUCGCGUGUUGUUGCGUGUUUGGUGGGGCGUUGCUCGCCAAUACCUUGCGCCUGUUUCUAAUGAUCUACUGUUUGGCGCUGCCAAUGAAGAAGCGCAUCAAAAUUGUCUCCACACAGGCUGGAAUGCAAGAAGAAACUUUCUUGUCUGUGUUGAAGCAGGAAUUAGAAAUCUGCGUUGACAUGUUGGAUUGCAUCGAUGGGUUUGCUGGAAGACAAACGCGAAUUGUUAUCAAAAUGGAAUUGUUAGACUCUCUCGAGCAACAGAAAAUCUUAAGUUUAAUUAACGCUAUUAACUUGUUAGUGUCAGAGCCGGGUCGUCCGUUUAUUCUAUUGUUGUCUGUGGACCCAAGGUUACUUGUAAAAGCAGUGGAAGAAACGUUGUGUAAUAUGCAGGGUCCUUUAAUAAACCCACAAGAAUAUCUCAAGAAUUUAAUCGACUUGCCUUUUUAUAUAAACGAUCAACCGAAACUAAACACGGAGGGUUUAAUUCCUAUGGAUUUGCGUACCCAAUUGGAUGAUCAAUCUUUUGUUGAUGAGAACGAAGAAACAGACUUAGAAUGGGAUGCCAACGCAGAUACGUUGUCUCGUUCACUGGAUAUUGACACCAACGGGUAUCUCCCUAAUGGGAACAUCCCUUUGGGGAAUGGAAAUAUUCCCUCAGGAAAUGGGAAUGUCCCUUCAGGGAAUGGAAACGUCCCCUCGGGGAAUGGAAACGUUUCCUUGCUUACCAACGUACGAACAGUGAAGUUUCCAUCAAGUGAAAGCUUGAACGUGAGAGAGGAUAAUAUAACUGAAGAUAUUUCGCAUUUGCUUCGAAACAAUGAGAACGGUACGCUCGCUGAUGUGAAGAGAAUUAUGAAUGUAGUUUCGUUAAACGGUCGUGUGCUAAGAAACUCUGAAGUUAACUUUCAAUGGACUCGACUAGCAAUUUGGGUUAGCUUAUGCGACGGCUGGCCAUAUAAAGCUAGUUGGAUUACGUUGUUGUGUUGUGAUGCGUCUCUGGAUUUACAUCGAAAGAUGACGAUUAGAAGUCUACAACUACUGCUUGGCUAUUCGAUACCCGUUAUCAACGAUCAAGACAUGAGUUCAGAAAACGCUAAUACGUACUUUGAGACGUUUAUAUCGUCACAUAAACCUGCCAUAACUGUAGGCGACGUCCGUUUAUUUGUGCCGUUUUUGUUUUACAUGGAUCCGACAAUUCGCAAGUUGAUGGUGGAUUAUUUAGUUGCCAUGAAAAGUGGAAGUAUAUCAAAACAACCUUCCAUACAGCAGCAGUUUUCAAGUAGAUCCAAUUUCCCGCUUUCACCUGGUGGGAGUAGCAGCAAGUUUAUGUGGCGAAGCAAUGUUGAAGAUCAGAUGUUGUUGAGACUUUCUGUUGAAGAUGUAGCUCAUCAGUUAUUGGAAAUUGAAGGUGUAGACGAAGUUUUGCUGCCAGUUUAUAAGGCCCGUCUACACGAGAACAAUGUUAAUGGUCGCGUACUGAUGACUUGCGAUUUGCACGAACUUCGCGAAGCGAUGCAAAUGAAGUUUGGCGACUGGCAGCUAUUUAAAUCAUGGAUUGUUUAUGCUCGAGGUAAAGAACAGAACAGUGUAAACAGGAGUGUGGAUAAAUCAUCAAGUUAUCGUUCUUCAAGUCGCAAUAUGAGUUAUGGCGAGGGAAGUCAAACCGAGUCGAUACCAGAGUCUCCGAAACAAUUAUUAAACGGACUUCAAAAAGUAUCCCGACUACCCGCAUUAGAUGAGUCGAAUAUUAAUAUGCCGUAUACGACGCAUUCGACGAAUACGUCACCACGGGUGACGAUUGAAUCGACGAGAAAACGACCAGUCAUUGCAAAUACUGCUUCUAAGUCUGUCUCUCAAGAUAGUGAGAACAGCACCCCUCUACCUGAAGGUAGCGUCGACCCUCGUUGGCAUAGAUCAGCUGACUCAGGUUUUGCAAGCACAGAUGUUGAUCCUAGCACUAGGUUAUUGUUGAACUCUAUUUCUGGGAGCGAAAGGACUAACGAGUUAGAGAAUUUGUCAAACCAUACAGGGGUCAUAUAUUCAAACAGAGACGAUAUUAAAGUUGAGGAUGCGACCAAGGCUAAGACACCAGCUACUUUGUUACUUAACGAUACGUGGAACACUAAAACAGAGCUUGGUUUUAAUCACAUAUAUAAAGCACGUGACAUUUUAAGUUCGUCAGAAUCCUCGCAGGAAUAUAUCGCCAUUGAUAUUGACGAUCGUAAAACUUGGAAAUACGCCAAAGUGUGUGACGCCAACGAAAAUGCGUCACCAGAGCACGCGCAAACAGAAAACCAAAACACGUUAGACAGUAUAAAAUGUGAGCGACCUCCGUCACUUUCUGACGUGCCGUUACCUCCUAUGUCUAUGUUAGGUGAAGACCAUGAGUGGACAAUGACACCACCAGCUGAAUUUGAUGACAAUAAUGACGGCGAUGACGACGUAACCUUAACUACGCCGCUUGUUACUAAUAGUGAUCAACGUAAAAUUGCUUUUCAAAAUAAAAAGUUGCGUGAUCUUUCGAACUAUACAAACUCAUCUUCAGAAUCUGAAAAACACUUGUUAAGACAAGAAGAUCGAACUACGAGGUCUGAUGCCGUCAAAAUUCUACGAAUUAGUAAAUCAUCUCUUCGGAAAUCGUCGUCACUUGACAGUCAUCACAAACGACGUGUCGGUCAGUCGAACAGAUUUGUUCCCCAUGGCGUCUCCAAUACUGAAAAGGAAUCGCAAUUUUAAAAAGUUUUUUUAUUUCAGACAUUUUUUCUAUAUUUAUUGUCUUCGAAUAUUUUAGUUUUCUAUUUAUUUAUGAGAUUAUCAUUAUUAUUAUUAUUAUUACUAGUUAAGAAAAAACUAUAUUUUUUUGUAUAUACUUGUGAACAAUAAUUUAAAAUAUCAAUGGAGCGCGUAAUGUGCCACCAUCAA